AUGAGUAAAGCUACCCCGAACAAGAACGUAGCUCCUAACACCGAUGGUUUCGCUAAAAGCACUUUUACCCUCACCUUUGUAGUAGAAAUACUGGGUCUGGAUGUGUGGCACGAUUGUAACGAAGGUUGGUUAGAUUUGGGAUCGUGCUAUCAAUCUAUGAAAAUUCAGUAUCAAUUAUAUCCAGGUCAAUCUUUUGAUGUUGAUGUAUUAGUUUGGCCGCACGUCGUUAAGUUAUGGUGUGGUAUGCAUUAUGGCUGGGCUAGGACUUGGCAGUUUUUAGAAAGACGCUGGUUCGCCUUUUCAAUACGCCAUGCUUUUCCUGUUCGUGUAGUGGAUUUUCGAUCUUACAUCGCGACCGUAACACAUACUUUGGGAUUUGGAACACUUGGUGCAAAUGCCAAAAAUGAUAAAAAUGUGGAAGUGUAUCUACCGCCCUUGAGAUUUGGGGAAAGGAGAUACUUUGCUGGUGUAAUUGAAUCUGAACACAGCGUGGACGCUUUCUUACAAGAAAUGAUUUGGCAGGGAGUCAGAGAAUUUAUACCAUCCUCCUAUUUGGAUGGCGUGUUUGAUGUCCCUCAAGUUGUCAGAGACGUCAGACAUCAAGACGCGGUGAUUUCCGCCGUGCAAGAGACCAUUUUAAAUAGGAUGUGUCCAGUGUCGGAGGAAGAAGUUAUAGAACCGGAGGAAGUUUCCAAACCCAGAGACAGGCGUGAAUCGAAAUUUCCGAAAGACAAAGAAAAAGAGAAAAAGAAAGUCGUAGACGCGCCAAAGGCGAAAUAUGAAAUCAAACUUGCCGGUGAUUCAAUUCUCGCUGCUACUGGAAGAAUCACUCAGUUUGAAACAGUAGGAGAUCGUCCGAUUGACUUGGGCGAAAUUAUUGUUAUGAUUACAUCCAACAAUCUUCCUGCUCAAGAUGACCAUCCUAUUAUCUUCGUCAAUGUAGAGAACUUAUGCGAUAUACCUACAGCUGAACUUAAAAGAUUAAGGCAAUAA